GUUUACAAAAAAAAAUCUACGGCAAAAAGUUUCAUCCUCCAUUCGAUGCGAUUCGAUGCAGUGAAAUUUAGUUUUAGAAACAAACCUUAAAAUUAAGGAAAAGGAAAUUUGCCAAUUACGAUACUAAAUACAGCUACCACUAAAGUGAAAAUAAAGUGAUGAACAACAAGUGAAGAUUAAAGAUAAAUAAGAAUCUGUUAAAACUUAAACAAACGAACGCUGCCGGCCAUCACAUUCGGCUUCGCGUACACUACACCAGAGACUCUAGUUAAAGAUGGCUGAAUCCGAUAUCGAUUUAUAUGCCGACGAUUUGGAUCCGGGCUUUCCUUUGAAAGAUGAAUUUCUUGAUGUGGACUUGUAUGAUGACGUUAUCGCUACUCCAUCAUCCGAGCCCCAUGAAAGGGGUUUGAAUACGGAUACUCCAAAUUCGCAAGGAGAUCGAGCUGAUAGUAUAGAUACAAAUGGAUCGUUUGCACAUAUGAACAACAUGGGACCGAACCACAUUGGUCGUCGGCAUCAAUUGUAUGUUGGUAAUUUAACAUGGUGGACAACCGAUCAAGAUAUAACGGAUGCAUGCCAUGAUAUUGGCGUCAGUGAUUUUCAAGACGUAAAGUUUUUUGAAAAUCGUGCUAACGGCCAGUCGAAAGGCUUUUGCGUCAUAUCGUUGGCAUCUGAAACGAGUAUGCGUUUGUGUAUGGAACGAUUACCAAAAAAAGAUUUGCACGGACAGAGCCCGGUCGUGACGCUGCCAACGAAACAAGCGUUGAGCCAAUUCGAAAGUCAACAGAAAACCAGGGCUGUACCGCCAACAGUGAACAAUAAUGGUCCAAGACCGCCAGGUCCGAUAAUGUCAGGCCCACAAAGUGGCUUCCCUCCGCCACCAGGACCGCCAAACCGAAUGAUGGGAAAUCCGAAUGGUGGACCGCCACAGUAUCGUCCACCACAUAUGCAAGGUCCACCAAUGCAAGGUCCACCAGUGCAACAAAAUCAAGGGCCGCCACGCAUGCAACCUCCACCAAUGCAUCAAGGCAUGCAAGGACCAAUGGGCCCACAACAACAGGGACCGCCAAGAUAUCACAAUCAAAACCAAUGGAAUGGGCCACCUCGUCCGAAUGGGCCAAUUAGACCAUGUCCUCCAUCAGGACCGCCACAACAUCGGCCAAUGUAUCAAGGUGGAGCACCACAAGGUGGAAUGCCACGUGGACCACGUCCAGAAUGGAAUCGACCUCCAAUGCAUGGAGGAUAUCAACAAGGACCACCAGGCCCUGGACCGAAUCAUAAUCAUAAUCAAAGUGGUCCACAUAUGCAACAGCCAAGAGGACCGCCGCCAGGAAUGAUGGGAGGACCAGGUGGACCUCAAGGUCCUGCACCACAUGUCAAUCCAGCAUUCUUCAAUCAAGGCGGCCCACCACAUGGACCACCACAACAUCAAGGACCGCCGAUUGGUCCGCCACACGGACAAGCACCUAUGAAUUCACAUCAACCGACACAUUUUCAACCACAAAAUGGUCCUCGUUGGCCAGGUCCAGUAAAACCAUCUGGUCCGCCCGGUUUCCCUGAACAAGUAAUGGCUCCACAAUUGAGCGAAGUUGAAUUCGAAGAAAUAAUGGCACGAAAUCGAACCGUCAGCAGUUCGGCUAUAGCACGUGCUGUUUCCGAUGCGGCAGCGGGUGAAUAUACCAGCGCAAUUGAGACGUUGGUCACGGCAAUUUCAUUGAUAAAACAGUCAAAGGUGGCCCAAGAUGAGCGGUGCAAGAUUUUGAUUUCGGCAUUGCAGGACACGCUACAUGGCAUUGAAAGUAAAAACUACAAUAGUCGUGAAAGACGUGAAAGAUCUCGAUCCAGAGAAAGAUCGCAUCGCAGAUCUCGACGAGAACGGUCGACGUCAAGAACAUAUCGUGAGAGGUCACGUGAACGCGAAAGAGACAGAGAAAGGGAUCGAGAUGGAGGUAGCAGCCGUCACUACAGCGAAAGUACGUAUCGUGACACAGCACGCGAAACACGAGACAGGUCACGCAGCCGAGAACGUGGAGCUGGUGGUGGAGGCAGUGGAGCUACUGACCACUAUAACCGGGAAGAAAGCACUAGUAGUCGUUCAGCUAGACCACGCAAAUCACCGGAAGCCGCCAAUGAACCGACUAAUGAAACGUCAAAACGUAGUUAUUACGAUGAACGCUAUCGCGACAGAGAUCGUAGUGACCGUGAUCGCGAUCGUGACCGUGACCAUAGAUCUCGUCAUUGAAUCUGUCCGGCGUGUGUUCUAAGUGUUAAAUCACACAGCAGCAGCAAAAUCGGGAUUAUUUGACUCUUUUUUUAAUCAAACAAAAAACAAACAUUUUACUUGCUAAGUUCAAUAGUUACGCGACAAUUUGACUGACAUCGGAACUGUUAAUUGGAUGAGAAACCACGUAGCACCAUUAGUCAACAUAACUUUUUUUUAAUUAUUCAAAAAUUGUACAUUCGCGAAAGUUUAUCCAGUUGAUGGAUAUUUUCUUGAAAAAACUAAAAUUCCCGGCCAAUUAAACAUAACGAACUCAACUGAUUUCCAAUCUACAUUAACAUUAGAAAGGACGUGAAUAGUGGUUUAUACACUUACCUACGUGAAGCUGUACAACCGCGACUUGGAAAUUAUCCGCACUCACUCAUCAACCAAUAUAUUUAGAAAGCAACAGACGCCGAAUGGAAUCUGGAUGAAGAAUGUAUUUGAAUUAAAUAAAAAUAUUUUAAGAAAAAUAAUAAAACCAAGAAAUGAUUGUUCUCCAUUUAGCAUUUAAUUCAUUUUGUUUUUCGUUUCUUUUUUUGGAUUUAUUUAUGAUCAAUUGAAUGAUUGUAAGUUGUUUUAUUCGAUUGACACUUUUUAUUUUGAUUUUGUUGUUCGUUUUUUUUUAUAAUUUUGAUUUUGUAUGUUGUUUCGAAAGUUUUAUUGUCAUAAAAUGUAUAUGAUGAUGAUGAUGAUGAAUUUGUAAACGAUGAACCGGAAGAUUGAUUCCAUGUACGGACAUACAGUUAAGAGCAUUUCUCAGUGAUGAAAUGUUCUCGUCGAAAGUAUUAACUCGGGGGUUUAUGUAUUCCAAUUUUAAUGUAAAUGUUUUCUAUCUCUCUUUUAUUUACAAAAGAAACAAAAAAAAAUAACUAAAAAUUUGUGGACAAUUCCUGUGUUCCAAAAAAAUGAAACAAAACAAAAAAGAAAAACUGAAGAAAUAUGUAAACCCCAUAUGCAUUAUAGACUGUUACGGGCUAUUAUUAUAGUUGUUAAGUAUAAAUAGUAUCGAAUCUACGUCAAUCUGUUGUUAUGAAACGAAACCGACUGUGAUAAUAUUUUAAUUAAUUUUUUCCUCUCAAUUUUAUAAUUACACUUAUGCUUUGCUUUACUUUUAACAUUGUAUAACGAAAUGAAAAGUUGUCGAACAAGUUGCGAAUCUCUUCUUUCUUUUGUAUUAAUAACAUUGUUCAA